AUGCGUUUCUCCCCUGGUGACCUAAUACAGUACCGAACUUCCGCAUCGUUCUUUCCACUAUGGCCGGCAGUCAUUUGUGAAGAUGAUAUGGCACCAGAAGAAGUCAGGGAAAUUCGCCCUCAUGGCAAUCCAAAGCUAGUUUUACUGAUGGGCGAGAAGUUGGUCUUUCGCUGGGCGCAUGCCGAAGACAUAGGGGAAUAUGACCCUUUCGUGUCCCACACGCAUGCGGCGGUUAUCGAGAGCACACCCGGGCUAGUUGAUGCAUAUAUCUUGUCGAACGACGCCCUUGAGGCAGGAUUGGAUCUUAACUACUGGAGAAAUCAACUGAUGAAUCUAGUCAGCGACGCUUCACAUUUGGAUACUGAUAUGAACGACUCGGAUGAAGAAUCACACUCAGAUCCAGAACUUCAGCAGGCUCUCCGUUUGAGCCGAGAAGAGUUUUAUGGUAAACGGUCGAAAGGGCGAGAUGUGAAAUGGUCCUCAAAUCCACCGACCUCAUCCCUGCCACCACCAAGAUCAGCAGAAUUCCCGGUCAGUCGUCGCGUUACUGUCAUCGCCGGCGCGGGUAGUGUCCCAAGUACAAAUUUGAGCUCAUUUGAAACAUCUUCGAGGCCUGUUACCAGCUCAUCGCAACCCUCAAGAAACCAUGGACAAUUUCGGGCCGCACCAUCACCACAAGAUCGGUUGAAUAUGCGCAGAGAUACGCCUAUAGACUUGACAGAUGAUAGCAGCGCCGAGAGCUCGACAGAGGUAAGAACGGUCGAAUCAAGACAGAGACAGUUUCAACAACGAGGAUUUCUCGACCAUCAGCUUGGUGACGUGGGGCGUGGUCGGAAAGAACCAAUCAGCGAUACCAUUGAUGGCGAACUUUCAGAAAGCAAGGAAUUUGUUCAAAUAUUGGUCGGGCCUGACCAAGAGGUCCACAUGCUGCAAAAAUCAAGUCUGUGGGACCGUCCGUACUUCAGAGAUUCCAAGCAGGGCCUUCUUUUGAUCGACCACAACGACGACGGCAUGUGGGAGCUCAAGCAUGAAGCGCUUGUCGACAUCAAGCCGGACGACUUCACGUUCAUUGCAGAAUACCUAGAAAGUGAUGGAUUUGGUCAUCGGAACCCGCAAGAGGGUGAGGAAACGAAUGAAGCCUUUGCACAAUGUGUUGCGGCGUGGAUUACCGCGGAGAAGUUGGGGAUGUGGGACAUGAUGGAACAUGUCGCUGAGAAGCUGAAAGGCAUAGAACCGGAGAUGUUGGAAGUCUUGGUAUUCUGUCGACAUGUUUAUGCACAAGACACAACGUCGACCUCCCAGGGAUAUCUCAAGGACUAUUUGGCCGUAUACAUUGCGGAAAAUUGGUGGAUUUAUUUCGGGGACGAUCACUUGAGAUCAAGCUUUAUUGAGCUCCUGCAACAGUUCCCAGAGCUGGAGAAAGACGUCUACGAGCGAAGGAUUCCGGUGCUGGAAGAACGCAUUGAUCAAGAAGAAGAGGAUAGUGACACUGAGAUGGACUGA